ACGCCUGAUUGUCUUCUUGACCACCAACUAUGCCAAGUUUGCCGACUACCGCAAGUUUAUCGACCCCAGCGCCCACGACCGCGUCCGCGAGCUCCUCGAUGCCAUUCUGGCCCCGUCGUCGUCGCAUGCCACGCCACGCACUGGCAAAAGCGGCGGCACCCCUGCCACUCCUGCUGCCGCGGCUGCGCCCCCUAAAUCGCCAGGCAAGGCUGAUGAGCCGGUCAUCGUCUCCUCGCCCAUCCCUCCAGCUGCUACCCCCUCCUCCUUGCACCCCGACGAGGCCGAUGCCGACGAAGAGGACGAGCACAUUGCCACGCUGCCCCUUGCCGCGACGCUGCAGAGCACCGAUCACUUCCCUCCCCAGGGCAACUAUGUCGAAGACGACGUCUCCACCGUCCUGGAGGUGUUUGGCACCGAUGCGCGCAACGGCCUGCCGCUGAGCGAGAUUGAGCGCCGCCGAGCGCACUACGGCCCCAACGCCCUGCCCAAGCCGCAAAAGCCAGGCAUCCUGUCCAUGCUGUGGGCCCAGAUUACCAACUUUAUGGUGCUCAUCUUGAUUGCUGCCGCUGCCGUGUCUUGCGGCAUUGGUGACUACAAGGCUGGCAUUACGCUGUUUGCCGUCGUCGUCAUCAACGUUGCCACGGGCUUUUCGCAGGACUACAAGGCCGAGAAGGCGCUCGACGCCCUGCUCAAGUUUUCGGUUCCCGUGGCCACGGUUGUUCGCAACGGCGUCACGCAGGACAUUCCGGCCGCCGAGCUUGUUCCUGGUGAUGUCGUCGUCCUCGAGGAAGGCGACCAGAUUCCCGCCGACCUGCGUCUGAUUGAGGCUGUGGGCUUGAGCGUGGUCGAGGCCCCCCUCACCGGCGAGCCUGUCGCUGUCGAGAAGAACACUGCAGCCAUUCGCGACAAGGUGACUGCUGUGGGCGAUCGCAUCAACUUGGCCUUCAUGUCCACGGUGGUCAACCGCGGCCGUGGUCGCGGCGUUGUCGUGUGCAUUGGUACCAACACUGAAAUUGGUCGCAUCUCGACCAACAUUACCCAGAGCAAGCCCCCUCAGACGCCCCUGCAGAGCAAGCUCGAUCGUCUCGGCAAAAUCCUGGUCGCGUUCGCCGUAGUGCUCUGCGGCCUCGUCAUUGGCAUUGGCAUUGGUCGUGGUCGAGACUCUGAGGAGAUGGUCAAAGUGGGCGUGUCGCUUGCUGUUUCGGCCAUUCCCGAAGGUCUUGUCGCUGUCACCACCGUCACCAUGGCACUCGGUGUCCAACGCAUGGCUCGCAACCACGCCAUUGUCCGCAAACUGGCUGCCGUCGAGGCGCUCGGCUCGGUCACGACCAUCUGCUCGGACAAGACGGGCACCCUCACGGUCGGCAAAAUGUCGGCCACAAAGCUGUGGACGCAUCCUCAGAUGCUCUCCAUCACCGGCUCAGCCAACACGCCCGUCGGCACCUUUGCUCAGGACGGCACCGCUGGCACAAUUUCGCGCGACGAUUUCGCCGAGUCCACCCGCCGUGCGCUGAUGGUGUGCGCGCUUUGCAACAACUCGUCGGCGUACCUCAACCCGGAAACGGGUGUCUGGGACUUGCUUGGUGACUCUACCGAGGUUGCUCUCAACCUCGCCGCCCUCAAGGCAGACCUGGGCAAGGAUGCCUGGACUGGCGGUGUUGCCCUCGGCGGCCAGCGCAUGUCGUUUGUCCACGAGUUUGCCUUCGACUCGGACCGCAAGCGCAUGAGCGUGGUCUACAAGCUCGGCGAUGGCCCAUUCCUUGUGCUCGCAAAGGGAGCCCCCGAAGCCGUGCUCAAGUCGUGCAACUUUCUCGAGUCGAAUGGCAAGCGCAUUCCCAUCAGCAGCGAGGGCGAUGGCGCCGCUCGCGCAGCUCUGGCCGAAAUCGAAGCCCGCGGCGCUGCCAUGGCUCAGCUCGGUCUGCGUGUGCUUGCUCUGGCGAUCGGCGAGCGGCCCCACACUGCCACUGACGAAGAGCUCCACAAUGUGGAGUUUGUCGAGGGCGGCGGCCUUGCCUUGGUUGGUCUGAUUGGCUUGAUGGAUCCUCCUCGUGAUGGUGUCCAGGAGGCCAUCGCCAAGUGCCACGGCGCCGGUGUCAAGGUCAGCAUGAUUACCGGUGACCACCCUUCGACCGCGCGAGCCAUUGCCCUCAGCCUUGGCAUCAUUGUCGAAGGUCUGCACGCCACCGAUUCUGCUGCUGCGCCCAUGCCCCGCGUUCCCAGCUCUGGCAAACUGGAGCCCACGUCGUCAUCCCUCGCCUUGACGCUUUCCUCCACCACGGGCGCCAUCAAGAACGUUGUGUUUGACCCGAAUACGGCAGACAUUGAGAGCGACAGCGACGACGAAAUCGAGGCUGCUGCUGCUCCUUCUUCUGCCGCCGGUGGUCUGACGAAUUUUGCAUCGAAUCGUAGCAUUGUUGAUGUUGUUCGCGGGGCCAUGGGCCGUCCAACUGCUGCUGCUGCUGCUGCUGCCGCCGGCUCUCAGCCCCCUCAGCGCCAGGCGUCGCAGAGCCACUCCGAAGUCACUGGCUGGCGUCGCUUUGUACCGUUCGGCUUGGCCGAUCGUCGCGGCUCGACCAGCUCGUCGGCGUCUUCAGGCUCGUCCGACUCGGAGAGCAACAACCGCUCAUCCACCGCCAUCCAAGGCGGUAUCGACCGUGUCCUUCGUGGUCACGAAAUCGACGAGCUCAUGGCAGCCGACAAGCUCGUCACCCUCAAUCCCUUCCCCAGCGUUUUUGCUCGCGUGUCGCCCGAGAACAAGCUCCAGAUCGUGACUGCCCUUCAAACGCGAGGCGAAGUUGCGGCCAUGACUGGUGAUGGUGUCAACGAUGCAGCUGCUCUGCGCAAGUCCGACUGCGGUGUGGCCAUGGGUAUUGCAGGCACCGACAUCACCAAGCAGGCUGCCGACAUUGUGCUUGCGGACGACAACUUCACCACGAUUGUGACGGCCAUCGAAGAGGGUCGUCGCGUGUACGACAACAUUCGCAAGUUCAUCCUCUACCUGCUUUCGUGCAACGUGGCUGAAAUUCUCUGCAUGCUGUUCGCCGUCAUUAUCGAUCUGCCCAUUCCAUUCACCCCCCUCAUGAUUCUCUACGCCAACAUUGUGGCCGAUAUUCCGCCUUCGAUUGUGCUCGGCUUUGACUCGCCCGAGAAGGACGUCAUGACCCGCCCACCGCGUGACCCGAAGCGCGGCAUCCUCACCCUUCGCACCAUUGUUGUCAUCAUGCUGCAGGGCGCGUCGAUGUGUACCAUUGCGCUGAUUGGUCUUCAUGUUGCAGACGUCCCGCUUGGUUGGGACACCCCCACGACUCAGACCUUCUGCUUUACGCUCCUGACCUCCACGCAGCUCUUCCAUGCCUUCCUGUCGCGCUCGCAGUCCAUGUCCAUCUUCCAGGCCAACCCGUUCAACAAUUACCAGUUGCUCGCUGCCGUCGCCCUGUCCUUUGUCUUCCUCAUCAUGGGCAUCUACAUUCCUGGAUUUAACAGCGCCCUGGACAUGGUCCCGCUUGGCGGCACGGCUUGGGCCAUGAUUCUGCUCGGCGUCUUUGUCCACACGCUGCUGUCCGAGUUUAUCAAGAUCUACCUGCGCUACAAGCGCCGCAAGACGACCCGAGCGCUUCUUCAUCACUUCCAGAUGCAGGAGAUGAACUCGAGUGGCGCGACCACCAAGCCCAUGUUCUACAAUGACCUUUAAACAAAACAGCAUUUUCGGGUGCGGCGAGAAACCGAUGAAUAUUUUGUGUUUUUUGAUCCGUUUUUGGUAUUCUACUUCGUUUCGAUUUCCUUUGUUAUGAGCAAUUUGUUUGUUCUGUUCCACUGAGACACACACAUUUGUACAAUUACAACCCAUCCCUCGAGA